UCAGCUACUCCCAUCGUUAUGGAAUAUCCUAUUCGACAAAAGAAUGAUUUGUAUUGAUUUGGCCGUCUAUUACGGUAGUGUUUUAAAUAACAACUUUCGUAAAUAAUAAAGAGUCCAGUAAAAUAUCUAAUUAAAUAUUUGGUUCUAAACACUAACAACACUCCGCUCAGUGUCGUGAUAACAAUUUUAACAAUGUUUCACAGUUAUUUAAAUCUCGAAAGUUUAUUUAAUGUAUAACAUAUUUCGGAUCAAGUUGAGCGAGUAGCUGUAGAAUAAAUGUUUUGGCAAUGCCAUGAGACAAUAGACGUCGUAUUAACUUGUGUGUAUAGUACAAUUUUAAGUGUUCGUUUCAAGUGAAAUUUGUUGUGAAAACCUCCUAAAAAUGCAUGUUCUUUGGGUACUGAUGUGGAAGCACAUGACUGUGCGUAUGAGAAGAUUUAUAGCGACCCCUUUCGAGUUGUUGUCGCCAUGUCUUUUCUUCGUUUUAUUAUUUGCGUUCCGACAAUAUAUAAAUGUACCGAGUGACGUACUGUCGCGCAUGUCACCAACACCUGCUACCAAGAAUGUGUAUUUCACAGAGGCGUUCUCUCUAGACCAUACAAUUGUGCCACCAAUGAUCCUAUAUACACCGGAUACUCUGCUGGUUAACACUUUGAUGGAUGAAGUUGGGAAAAAAUUGAGGUUAAACCGCAUAGAUAACUUUCCAACUACCUACGCAAGAGGAUACUGUGCAGUCGCUAAUAUAUCUGAUCCAGCGAUCGUCGAUUUUAUUGAGGACAUGAAAGAUGAUGCUGCUGUUGUCAUAUUUAAGAAUAUGGACGGCGAAACGUGGCCUACAAAGUUGAACUACACCAUACGGAUGAAAGAGGACUUCAUGACGCACAUGUACGAAGCUCUCGACGAAGAGUUUGGCCGCCAUCAGAGAUUUGGUGCGAUUUACGAGACGUUCAUGCGCCUGCAAUGGGCCAUAGACUCUAGCUACUUGAAGAUUCGCUCCGGCAACGAAAUAAACCAGACGAUUACGCUCCAAGAAUUCCCGUUCGUGGACACCCGCAGGAACCCAGGGGUGGUCCUCAUAUGCUCGUUGUUGGCAGCAAUCUGCUUCCUGUCGCUGCUACUACCCUUCGUCCUGAACAUGGUGCGGCUGCUUGAAGAAAGAGUUUCCGGAGUUCAGGAGCUAAUAAAGAUGGUGGGAGUAUCCAACAAUGCAUUGGCGCUGUCGAACUUCCUGAACGCCGUGCCGUCAGGCCUGGUGUACUGCAUCGUGGGGUCCAUACUGCUGACUGUGUCAGACAACGCGUUCUUCCCGCUGUCUAACGGAUUCCUCAUCUGCGUAUUGCUGGCCCUACAUUUCUGCACCAUCAUCGCUCUGGCGUUCGUUUGCAGCUACAUUAUUAAUAACCUUCAAUACUCAGUUUCGUUGGCGACCGUGGCGUACAUCUUCCUGUGGCUGCCCACCAGGCUUGCAAACCAUUUCUUAACGCAGAAGACAACGUUCGAGCACGUAGCCACCAGCCUGUUGCCGCAUCAGCCCGUGUACUGGUUCUGGACCCAGAUGAUGUACCACGAGGCCCAUGGUGAAGGGCUAUCGUUAUCCAACUUCUAUAUUUCGUACAUGAACUCUCCGUCGGUCCUGGGCUGCUACAUAGCUUUAAUAGCGCAGACUGUCUUGUUCUUCCUGUUCGCCUGGUACCUGAGUAUGGUGAGACCCGGAAGCUUCGGAGUCGCUCUGCCGUGGAACUUCGUUUGCAAGAAGUCGUACUGGUCGAAGAAAGCGAAGAAAGUGGGCCCGGAUUCUUUGUCGGACGCGACGGAGGCGCAGCCCAUCUCCAAGGACCCGCUGUACUUCGAGACCCCACCGCAGGACGCCGAGGUCGGCAUCAGGAUACAAAAUGUUACCAAGAUAUUCGAGGACAAGAACGUGGCCCUGAACAACGUGUCUUUCGACGUGUAUAAGAGUGAGAUCACAGUGCUGCUCGGCCACAACGGCGCCGGGAAGACCACCCUCAUGUCUGUUAUUACAGGCAUGUACAGUGCAACGGACGGUCAGGUGUACGUGAACGGAGUGGACGUCACCGCGGAUCCCGUCUCGGUGCGGAAACAGUUCGGCCUGUGCACGCAACACAACCUCUUCUUCCCGGACCUCACUGUCAACGAACACGUUGUCUUCUUCACCAUGAUAAAAGGAGGAACGUUCCGCGAGGCGAAAGGAACAUCGUUCAAGCUGUUGUCCCGGCUUGGUCUUGAAGAGAAAGUGAACGCGAAGAGUUCAAGCCUGUCUGGUGGCAUGAAAAGACGGCUGCAGCUGGCCUGUGCGCUGUGUGGCGGGUCACAGGUGCUCAUACUGGACGAACCCACGUCCGGGCUCGACGUGGAGACCAGGAGGGAGCUGUGGGAUCUGCUACUGUCCCUGCGAGGCGAGCGAACAGUACUGCUAACAACACACUUUAUGGAGGAGGCGGAUGCCCUGGGCGACCGUGUGGUCGCGCUGCACUCCGGACAGCUCAAGUGCCACGCCACACCCAUGUACCUCAAGAAAAACGUCGGAACCGGCUACCGUCUCAGCCUGACAACGAUCGGACAACCUAAAACCGAAGACAUCACGAAAACAGUGACCGCAGUGGUCCCAGGAGCGACUAUGAAGGAACACAGCCUAAAUGCCAUAUCGUACAACCUACCAUCCAGCGACAGCAACAAAUUUCCUGAAUUAUUCACCAAAUUAGAAGAAAAACGAUCCGAGUUAGGGAUCGACUCUAUUGGCGUGGGUGUAUCUACCCUCGAAGAAGUGUUUGUCAAGUUAUGCAGUGACGUGACUACAAACUUCGCUCAGGACCGAACUGACAGCGCUGCGCCAGAACGAACGUACAAGCGGUUAGUAGGGUUCCCGCUAUACUUCCGUCAGAUGUUUGUGCUGAUAAGGCGAUUUUUCAAAUACUUGUGGAGGAAGAAAGUCACCUUCGUUAUUUUUCAAAUAAUGUUGCCGAUCUGUCUGAUAUUCAUGUUCACGUACACGGUGACCCAAAAAGACGCCCCAAAGACCAAGAACAACGCUAGAGCAAUGGAUUUGGAUUUGUACUCUGCGAUGCCACAGAGACGUGUGCUGUUUAAAGUUGACAACGUUCCCACUCUUAGGACGCUCUCGGACACAUACGACGAAGUCGCGUUUGAACCCACGCCCAAUGUUGAACAAGCCAUAAUACAAAUUGGGGAGGAGAGUUUAGCGGAGUAUGGCAAGUAUCUGGUUGGUGUGGAACUGAACGAAACUGAUGCUAAGGUGAUGUACACAACGACAGUCCGGCACGCGGCGCCCGUGGCGUUGAACUUACUAUCCAACAUCAUGGCGGCUCAGUUGCUACCCUCUUCUGAUGGCCGCACAGUCACAACGUACAACCACCCCUUGAAGAGCACUGUGCCCUUACAAGCACCACCUAAGAUGAAGCUACCCAUGGACCUCGUAAACGCUGGCACUUGGCUCAUUAUCUGUCUCAUCACGGUCCUAACCGUGCUGACGGCGACAUCGAAUCUGUGCAUAAAGGAGCGGCUGUCAAGCACUCGCCACAUUCACGUGAUGGCGGGGUGCUCUCCCUUGCUGCACUGGAUGACCACACUGCUCACUCAGACCGCGCUCUACACAGUCAUCACUAUCGUACCGACUAUGAUCUCCACCACCUUCGACAAGGACGAAACUCUCACCCAGCCCCGGUUCUUAGUCGCGUGGUUCUUCAUCCUGGUGCUGGGUGUGAUGACGUUCCUGUCCUUCGGGUACCUGAUCUGCUUCGUGUUCAGCGAGCGAGUCGUCAACAUACUCCACAUCUUCUUCAUCGUAAUCGGCGUGAUCCUAGCAGUUGGAGCGGUGGAGGUAAUCUACAUGGGCCAAUCAAUUGGAUCCUUUACGGUUAUUGUAACGUUGGCCAACUUGUUUCUGCCUCCCCACACGUUGGCCAUGGCUCUGAUGAAAGCUAUAUGUGUAGAGCGAGUCAACUUGUUCUGUGAAUGGAACAGAAAUAGGUGCCCCUUCUUUAUGGCCCCGAGCGGGUUCGCCGCGUUCGACCUCCAGAAGUGCUGUGCAAAUGAGGAUUCCGUGUCAUAUCUUGAAUUCAAUAAAUACGCUCCAGGCUGGGAUGUUCUUAUUCUCAUUAUCCAAUUAAUAAUAUAUAUGGGAGCAGUAAUUCUGACGCAAUACGGGUUAUUCAGUUCGUUAUGGGACAAAAUGCUAAACAAAACUUAUCAGCCGGGGCCAACUCGAUUCAACGACGAAAUGGUUCGCGCCGAGAAGACUUACGUCGACAGAGGGAUUACGCUGCCGGAGAAGCAGAUUCCAGACGCAAUGUUGGUGAACAACGUACACAAGAAUUACGUGCAGAUAUGCUCAAAGAAACACCGUUAUGUCAACGCUGUGAAAGGCGUCAGCUUCUCUGUUAAAAAAGGUGAAUGCUUCGGCCUUCUGGGCGUGAACGGCGCGGGAAAGUCGACGACGUUCAAGAUGAUCUCGGCCGAGGUCAGCCCCACACGCGGCAACAUCUUCGCCAGUGGGUACCAUCUCAAGUGGCCCAGGAACAAUUACCUCCAGUCCCUCGGCUACUGCCCUCAAUUCUUCGGCCUGGAUGAGUUCCUGACUGGCCGCGAGAACCUGCGGCUUUUGCUCACCCUGCGCGGGCUCAGCCAGCAGGGCGUGCAUGAGGAGACCGAAGCUUGGAUCGACGUUGUCGGCCUCCAGAAGUACAAGGACAAGCUGGUGUCGGGCUACAGCGGCGGCUGCAUGCGGCGGCUGGCCACGGCGGCGGCGCUGUGCAGCGGGGCGCCCGUGGCGCUGCUGGACGAGCCCACGUCGGGCGUGGACGUGGCGGCGCGCAGGCGCGUGUGGGCCGCGCUGCAACGCGGGCUCAAGCAGAGUCGCUCCGUUAUCAUCACCUCGCAUAGCAUGGACGAGAUGGAGACCCUGUGCGACCGCAUAGCCAUCAUGUCCGGCGGCGAGCUGGCAGCCCUGGGCUCGGCGGCCGCGCUGCGCGCUGCGCACACGCAGGGACACGCCGUCGUCAUCAAGAUCAAAUCGCACGUCACUGGAGACGUCACGGAUAAUGCUGUCGACCCCAAAGUCCAGUCCUUGAAAGACAAAUUGUCUCACAGCUUCAACUGCACCCUGAAAGAUGAACAUAAGACGAUGCUGCACUACCACAUAAACGAGACGAUGCGUUACAGCGAGCUGUUCACAGCGAUGGAGAAACUGAAGGAGUCCUUCCCUCAACUCAUCGAGGACUAUUCCGUCACCGAGACGACUUUGGAAGAAGUUUUCCUGUCGUAUGCCCAACCACCGCCCGAACGUACACCCAACAAUGUGUAAAGUACCCACUUAACAUAUUUAAACACUGUAAAAUAAGUUCUAAAUGUUCUGGUCCCUUCGUGGCAUUGUGGCGUUUACAUUCAACAUACUUCCGUAGCAGUUAGUAACAAAGUGAGGAGAUAAGUGGUCGCGAUAAUGUAAACGCAACCGUCCCUCCACUGCUAUUGCAGGAGUGAAAAGAACACGAAAAAUACAAAAAUUCACAACAUGUAUGACAAUAUGCACAUGAACAUCUUCAAGAGUUAUGCACAUAGAUGUAAUACAACCGAUUUAAAACGUUUUAAACCAAAUGUUGCUGUUUUAAACCGUUGAAAACUCGCCUACAACAAUAAAAGAACUGUGUUUUAAACUUCAUUACAGGCAAUUUUUGGUCACUUGACGUCAUGCUUCGUAUUAUUAGUUUAUAGAAUAUCAAUAAAAAGUACCUAUAGAACUAAACACGCUAAAUAUUAUAUUACACGCUAAAUAUUAUAUUAUUAUCAUCAACAGUAUACUUAUUACACAUUCAAUAAUUCUUUACACAGUUUAUAGGGAUAAACAUAGUCAUCAACAGCAGCCGUUUUAAACCGAAAGAAAUGGUUGAUUUCGGUUUUAGACUGUUUGUUUCGUUUUAAACGGAUUGGUUUAAAUGGUUUUAACCGGCCUUACAUCUAUAGUCAUGCAUAAUACAUCAAGAGUCAUGCACAAUACAUCAAGAGUCAUGCACAAUACAUCAAGAGUCAUGCAUAAUACAUCAUGAGUGCAUGAAACGUGAUAUAAUGUAACAUUCGUGCAUUUUUUUCAUAGCUCGAUAGCGAAAGCCGUUUUAAUUGUAAGGUAAUACCGCAAAAUGUAAACACACGUUGCCGUCGAAAAGGAAAAUGGGCAAAAUAGUCAUGUAACAUUAGAACUUGUCACUUGGUGUGGUGCUGAAAGUGUUUUUCGCAUCCAAUGAUAUGUCACACGUGAGGCUAAAAAGGCUUGCAUCCCUUAUUUGCUUAUAUUAUUUUUUUAAAGGAGUAAGUCUUAGUGUAUGUCUUAGUAUGUAUGUAAUACAAAAGUAGGUGCUAGAUGCGUUUUUGGAUUUUGAACUUUAAAUAUGCGUGAAACGCCAAUACUACCGAAUGGAUAUUUUAUGACGACAGAAUAGAAAAAACCAUCGGCUUCAGCCUUUUUUAUUGACACGACUCAUUGGCCGGUCAAAUGGGGAGCGCUGAGGAGUCUCACCCGGUACUAAAUUUAAGAUAACAGGCUUAAGGUUCGAACAUAGGUCAACUUUAGCCGAGCUCCGUUCUACACUACUACUUCUGUUGUUGUAAUUAACUGGUUUUUUUUGUCAAUCUUGGGGGCAAUCAAAUGGGCAAAGGCGUCCCCCACAUCUUUCUACUUCACGGCCCCGUGCAAUCACCGUCAUGCUUUUCAAAUACCCAAUAUUGUAUGGGUUAGUUAAAUGUAUCUUUGACCAAGUCAUAAAGAUAUCACGCUUAUUUCCCGUUGGGGUAGGCAGAGAUCAAGGAGUUUCAUUUACUACCCUAGGACCCUGACACGCCAUUUUCGCUGCUUCCGCUCUCAUCAUCUUGAGUACCUUCCCAAAUUACCCAGUCAUACAAAAUUAUAAAGCAAUCCAGCUGUUUUUUUUCUAUUCUGCGCAUGAGGCUUACUUGUAAGGUUUUAUAGGAUGGCAACUCUAGUCUGAAAGAUUGCAGUAUUAUUCUUCACGCUUGUUCGCAACAACGGAUCGAGCAGGCUGUGGUAAAGAAUGUAAUCACUAAUAGAAUUGAAGUGCUAAUGUUGGUUAGAGGAUGGUAACUUUAAAUUUGUUUGUGCUUUGAAUGUUUAUCAUAAAUAUACUAUACUCUAAACAACAAUACAUGGGGACAAAGGACUUUGAUAAAUUAUUUUUAUAAUAAUUAUUUGUUUCAUCACAAUACGUUGCAAAUUUUGUAAUACAAAAUAUCUUUAUAUUAGUGCAUACACACAAAACAGUUUAAAACUUAAAAAAGAAAAAUUACAGCGCAAUGGGCGACCUUUUUGUUCUACGGAAACUUUUUUUUUUAUAAAAUAAGCUCGCGUUUGGCCACAAUCUCACCUGAUGGUAAGUGACGAUGUGGGGGGUUAAAAAGGUCAUAUUGCAGCAAUUCAUCUAAAAAAGCAACCACAAAGCCACAUCGAAGCAAUUCAUCUAAGAAAGUAAUAUUGCUAUUUGACAUUUGUUUGCAUUGCGCACUUACUUUUAUAUGCGCUAAUGUCAAAUUGCAAUAUUACCCCUGUCUUUAUUUAGUACCUAAUCGGAAUUUCAUAAUUUGUCUUUGACCUAAGAAACUACCCAAUUGGCGCCAUUAUUUUCUAUUAGACAAUGAGGCAUGUAUUCUAUUCGGCUAGUUUUGAUAGCUAAAACUUAAGCACAUCACUGUUAGGCGACCCAUACACCUAAAAUAAUAUUGCACAAUAUAUCUGCAUGCACAAUAUUAUUGAACGUUUAGGGAUAGUAUUGAAACAUUGCACAAUGAUUGAACAAAAGAUUGGGCGAGCUUAAUUUUUAUUGGGCAAUAGUUUUUUCUUGCACUGUGUAGUCUUAACAUUGCGCAAUAUUUUUCAUUUUAGUUUUCGGAGCGAUCGCGAUCGGUCAGUCACGGUAUUUUUUUUUCCGUCGUCAGACAUGUUGCUCGCACGAAAUAUUGUUCAGACUGGUUUGUCAAUUUUAUUGAGAGUAUUUAUUGAACGUUUGGAAUCAAAGGGGUUAUUCAAUAUUAUUGCACAAUUAAAGGAUUGUACAAUAUUAUUGUAGGUGUAUGGGGCGCCUUAGUUAUACUUUUCGGCUUGCACUCGAUAGGUGUGCUAAUUCGUAGUCAGUAAUGCCAUGUGUGCUGUGAUAAAUUAAAAGUGACGAUUAAUUAGUGUCAUAUUACGAGUCGACUGAAAGAAUAGGGUAGUUGAUCGGUUUGUUGUGUUAUUUAAAAUUUUUGAAUGUAGAACACGCAAUGACGAUUUUGAUUUUUGAAAUUAUGAACGGCCUAACACACUGGUGCUGGUUCAGCCGAUAAAUAUUAAUUGUAUUUUUGAAGAACGUUUUAAUAGUGUUGUCCUUUACUUGCAAUAGGUGCAAGAAAGAGAUAGAGCUAGUUUUGGAACUGGCAAAGGAUAAGAAUAAAAUAAAUUUAUUAAAUAUAUUUAUUAAGUUUGCAAAAUAAAUUAAAUUACAUCAGUGUAUGCCAGAAUCGACACCAUUGUGUAUAGUUUGUCACAAAGAAUGGUGUCACUGUACUUUAUGAAUAAAUUAAAAAAAAAUAAGAAAUACAUCCAAAAUUAAAUGUGUAUUGUGUAAGGUUUAGAAUUUAUGACAGUCUGUCAUUAUUGUUAUUUAGCCUAAAAUUUGAUUUACACUAUUCUCUGUGACACGCUUAUUUAUACCAGGGAGGGUUAAAAAAGCCACUUCAAAGCAAUUCAUCUCAAAUAGCAAUAUUGCUUUUUAAAAUGAAUUGCUUCGAUGUUGCCUUUCUAACCCCCAGAUAUGUAAAGUCAUAUUACCCAUAAAAUUCGUAUUUAAAUUAUAUUGACUUUUGAACAACAAGAAAAUAAGUAUUUUCGGUAUUUACAAAAAAACUAAAUGAACAAAAAUAAAAAUUAUUGAGGUAAUUAAAAAAACAAAACUUUAAUAUUUUUCUUUAUGUUUUUAAUUAGGUUCGUAGUUAUUAAGUUUUUCGAACUCGACUACCCUAUUAGUAAGUAGAUGUAAAAGAAAUAUAGUGAAGGCUGUUUAGGUAAGUUACGAGGGCUGUACGUUUGGAAAGUUGGGCUUAAGUCGGCUCUAGUGUAACAAGAAUUUGAACUUAAAGAACACUGUUAAGGGUGAAUCUCAAAAUUUCAAGUUUGGUGGCGAAAUUUCAUAUUAUUUUUUCGUGAAAAAUUGGGUUCCGACAUGAAAAAGAUCCAAAAGGAUCCUCGGUUCCGACAUGAAAAAGGAUUUUUUCAAUUCCCAAUUUCCCCAAUUUUUCACGGAAAAAUUAUAUGACAGUCGCCACCAAACUUGACACAUUUUGAGAUUCACCCUUAAAUUAUUUAUUUCAUUCAAAACGAUCACAAUUAAAAUCUCCGAAUAUGACUGUGUGCCCAAAUUCAUAUAUAAAUAAUCUAGUAAUCUUCCUGACUUCGACACACAGGGCUUUUUGAAAGCUUAUAGCCUUUCUCAACAGAAAUAAAAAGCUUAUAAAAUAAAAAUUAAAUGUGUAGGUGAAACGAAAGUUACACAACUUCAAUUAUAAAUUGUUGUGAUUUUUAUAGAUAUUAAGAAAUGUAAUCAGUGUUUUUCUCUUUGUAAUUCGUAUACUUGUAUGAUGCGUAUACAUGUACUAAUUUUAAUAGCGAUAAUGAUUAUACAUUCAUAAUUUACUUAUAAAAUAUUGUCAGAUGACAUAAAUAUACCUUCAUCAAUAAAAUCGACACACUUCCAAAUUUUUGUUCAACAAAACAUUAGGUAAAUUCAAUUUGAAUUUAGAACAUUAACUAUUAGUGUUUCGAAUUUUUUGAUGAGAAGAGUAUAUACUUAAACUUAAUCCAUCCACAGUCCAAAGAUUUUGAAAAAUGUUUUCCUAAUCUUAUAAUGUAAUCUCCUAAUAACAAUAAAUAAAUCAGGAGGGGUUAAAAAGCCUACAUCGAAGCAUCUUUUGAUCUAAAAAAGCUAUUUGACAUUUGUUUGCAUCGCGCACUUACUUUUAUAUGCGCAAAUGUCAUAUUGCAAUAUUGGUUCUUUUAAAUGAAUUGCUCCGAUGUAGCCUUUUAAACCCCCCUGAUUUAGAAUAAUUAAUGUUUAAACGUAAUGACAAAACUGAAUCUCAUAAUAUAAGUGCCCAAAUAUAAAAAAAACUUAUUGAAAUAUGUUAAUAUUUAACAUCUUCAAAACAUUCCCGCCAAAAUUAUUAAGCUACCUAUGCACAUAGAGGGAGUACUGUGGAUUUCUUUUUGACAGCAAUUUCGGAGGGCAUUAACUACUUGGCCGGACAGAACAUUGCGGGCCGGGUGUGUGACUUGGUAUUUAGUCUUACGGUUUUAUACAAACUCGAAUACGACAGGAAAAUUUCUACCUAAAACGUCCCGAUUCUACUUCUGUGUGUAUUCAGCUUUAUUAUUGUAAGUCAUAUUUUUUUCGUUCGCCCAUUUAAGCGUUAAGAUCAUAAAACCAUUCUGCCAAGUUAGUCAAUGAGGGUUCUUACCAGCCGUCUGCAUGACAAACGCGCCGCGCGGCGCGAAUUAUAUCGAGGCAUUCGACCAAUAGCCGUGACUCGGUUGUCAUGCAGUCCCGGCUGGGUACAUUCCCAAAAAAUAUAUGUAGAUGGCGCUGUACAGAUUUGUCUUUGUCUAACCUUCUCAUUUCAUGGAUAACAGAUAUAAGCAACUUUUAUGUUUGAUUAUACCUAACAUAAUUUUACAAACGGCGAUUCGUACAAAAUACAAGUUCAAUAAUGGUAACUUUACUUUACCUUGCACAAAGCCACAAAGCACUUAACAUGAGUCUAUUAACUUCGAUGUUCAUUGAUUGAACUAACAUCCUUUCUUUAAAGGAAAUUGCAAUGUAACUUCACAAUAUUUUGUUGUUUUUGAGAUUAUUUUUUUACCGUCGAAAAUUUACAUCAAAUUAAAACUUCAUUUUGUAGAUAGUUCAUAUCAUAAUCAAUCAUUUUAUUCAACAAAACGCAAAGUUUAGUUAGUAUUAGUAAUUAUUAAAAUAUAUUAGCAAAUAUCAUAAAAUCACUAUACGUAUUUGAGUUGAAUAUGCACCCCAUUUUUCUUGUUGCUACGUAGCGGAUAAUAUUCAGUUAAUAUUUAUUCAUAAACUAUCUACCAGAGAAUUUUCAAUAUAUCUAUUAAGUUGUCAAUUAAAUAUUUUAUUUAGUUCCUUUUGUGUAGCUACAUAUAUUAAUUCACAGUCGUCGCAAGCUAUAAUUUAUUAAAUAUAAAUAGGAUAUAAUUCAUUUGACAGCUCUUAUAUUUCAUUAACUAUAUCAACUUUAUUUCUAAAUGGACAUGUAAUGUGUAGAGUCUGCGCCACAAUUCAAAUUCGAUGCGGCGCUAGUGUCGCAGUAUUUGCGUAGACUUAGGCCCCGAUUCCUGCAGACAUCGCCUAAUUUUAUUUUAAGUUAUAUCCGUCAUUUUCUUAUCCGUCGAAAAGGAAAGAGACGGAUGAUUAUCACCAAGUUAAUUUUGAAUGAAUAACCCGGGCGAAUAAAAUAGGCAUCUCGCUGGUAUGUAAUUCGUUUGACGUGCUGUCUACUUAACUCUGUCGGGUUAUUGGCCGAUGUAAAAUUUUUAGACGGUUGUUUUAGAUUUCUGCUUAAAAUUGACGUGUAUUCCAUAAAUUUUAUGCCUGUCGAUUACCCGUCCCUUUCUUUUUCGACGGAUAAGAAAAUAAGGUAUAACUUAAAAUAUAAUUAGAUGGCGUCUGCAGGAAUUAGCACCUUAGUGUAACUUGUUAUUUAAGUCCAUUCAAAUCUGCGGGACUUCAGUCUUGGCGCGUACUCUAGCCGCAACUUGACGUUUCUCUCUAUCCCACCAAAAAGUAUGUAUAGUAUCAUUAAAACACACAGACGAUAUUAUAUUAUUUUGGCGCCAUCGUAAUUGCGCCAAAAUUCUUUAUAAUUCGCAAAACAAGGCUUGUUUUUUAAUCUGUUAGUAUUGCCCUAUUUGGACUCGGCAGAACUGCCAUUGAUUAUUAAUCAUUAAUUUCAAUAUUUAUAUAUAUGAAUAUAUAUAUUUACGUCAUUUUAUAAAAUAUAUUGCUCGAUAGUAUGAUAUGUAUUAUAAAAUCAAAACUUUAGGCGUAUCACAAUGCAUUAUUUGGAACCUUGUGUUUAUCACAUUAGUUUGUAAACAUCACUUUUUGAUUUCUUAGCAUACAUUCCCUUUUAUAUUUUUUUAUUGUAAAUUAUGUCAUUCAUUUAGGAAUCUAUUUCGGUUUACUGAGUUUCUCUGUAAAAUGGGCAUCUACUGUAAUUAAACCCAUGGUAUAAGAAAACCAGGUAUGCUCAAUCCUAUGACAAGCCGCCAUUGCUAGCCCUUUGAUGACGUAAGUGUUACCACUGUGUUACCAUUAAAUUGGUAUCUCCAACAUUCCAAGGACGUAGAUUUUAUUAUUGAAAAUUAAGUGAAUUACUGACUAAUGUAUUAAAUUACUAUUACUUGUCACAUAUAUAAAAAUCAUUAACACUUUAAGUAAAUCUUUUACUAAAAUUUCAUAAGUUCCUUGCAAAGCAAAUUAAAAACAUUGGUCGUGGGUAAUUUAUUUUUUACGAAAUGGCAAAGCAAGGUGGGAUGACGUCAGCUGGGCUAACUUGAAAUGUUAGCUGUCACUUUUGAGCAUACCCGGUUUUCUUAUACUAUGAUUAAACCUAUUUGCCUGGGCGAUUUGUAUCAUUAUCUAGCGAAAGAAACCGCUAUACAGAUAAUGCCCUUUUAAGUACUGGUCCGUGAUAAACCAUCUGCGUACUUAUUGUGUAUAUUAUAAAGACUGUAUUUACACGGCUAUUUAAAAUUAAUAAAUUAAACGUAUAUUUUAUUGUGAA